AUGCUGAAAAGAAUCAAAGCACAAGUCUCCCAGGUAGCUAAUGAGUUGCCUGGUGUUCUCUCUCCAGGAAAUGAUCGCAAUAGUUCCAGAGAUGAGUCUUUCCUUCCGGAGCCGAAUGAGGAAGGCGAAAUCGAGGGGUUCUUAUGUCCUGUUUGCAUGACUCACUUUGACUCACCUGAUCAACUUUCUCAACAUUUCGAGCGCCAACACAGCUUAAAUUCACCUCCUUCAAUCGAUAACCCCAAUUUUGACAAAGCAAACAACGUCCCUACUUCGCCUGGUGUUUUCCAGUCCAAAGACCAUGAAAUUGAAGAGUUGAAAAUACAAUUAAAGGAAGAGAAAACAUUCUCUAAAAGAUUGAAAGAAGAGCUAGACCGAAUUCAAGGGGUUGUUGCUCAAGCCACAGAUGUCCCGACAGAGGAAGUGCCUUACCUUCUUCAGCAAAUUCAAGUUCUAGAGGCAGGCAAAAGCAUGGUUACUCAACAAAUGCUGGAGUUUGAGAAGGAUGCUUCUCAGUCGAAGCGUACGUUUGAAAACAUGAGCAGAGAGCGCAAUGACAUAAUGACCAAGCUAAAGCAACAAAGUCAACAAAUACGAGAAUUAAUGGAUCAGAAUGAAUCGUUCAAGAAUGAGAGAGAUGUUCUAAGUGAACAGUCCAAACGGGAUACGCUCUCGAUCAACAACUUGCACUCGGAGAUUGAUAAGUUGAUCAAAACUUUGGAUCAAAGACCAAGUGAAGAUGAUGUUGCUGUUCUUAGAACAGAACUUGUUAAUGCCCAGAAGUUAAUGGAUGAAAUCGCUCAACAGAAAGAUGUUGAAAUCGAGGAACAUCGAAACUCAAUCAGACAUCUGAACAUGGAACGAGAAAGAGAUAACUGUUUGUUAGUGAACAUUCAGAAUGAGUUGUCUGAAAAAGCGCAGAAUUCGACUGAGAGUAACUCGAUUAUAGAAGGUCUCAACAAUCAGUUAGAUGAUAAUAGAAAACUUUACGAGAAGACUAAGAAAGAACUGACAUCUGCUCAACAGUCAGUAGAUGAAAGAGAAAACAGAAUAUCUGAACUUCAAUCAAGAUAUGACACAAACGUUGUAGAGCUGACUCGUUGUCAAGAAAAGAUCAAACAACUUGAAGAUGUGGUCAAUAAAGGCACUAAGGAAAUUGACGACUCACAUGGUUUAAAUGAGAAAAACAAGUUGAAACUGUUGAAGCUCGAAGAGUCAUUACAACAGAUGAUCGAAGACAAGAAGAAGUAUGAAGCUGAUGUAAAUGGGUUCGAAGAGAAGCAGCAGAAGCAAAUGGAUGUCAUUAAGAGUCUGGAACUGUCUAAUAUGGAUCUAACAAACGAAGUGGCAUCUUUAGGUUCAAUGUUAGAACAAGAAAGAUCUCUCAUUGAAGAAAAGAACUCAUUGAUACAGACGAAGGACAAAGCAUUACAUACCGUGGAAGGUGAAGUAGAAGAGUUCAAACGAAAAGUUGAGAAACUAGAAGUUGAAAAAACUGAGUUAACAACUCAAACUGAAGGGCUAACUAAACAAAUUAAUUCAUUGGAAUCUAAUUCAAAGGAGUUGGCUGCGAAGAUAACCGAAGGAGAAGGAGGCAGUAAGAUGAUAAUCGAUCAGCUGAACGCUGAGAAGCAAUCCCUUUCGGAAGAAAUUUCUUUCUUAGCAUCUUCUAUCAAAGAAAUUAAAGAGGAACAUUCAAAGAAGGUUGAAGAUACCGAAAAGAAGUAUAGAGAGAAAGAACGUUCCUUGAAUGAAAAAAUCCAAAAAAUAGAAUCAGAAGCUGAAGGACUGAGACGAAACUUGAAGGAAUCAGAGAACGAUCUAAGUCGCAAGUCUGAGAGAUUUAUUGAAAUGGAGAAGGAAUUAGAUGAAGAGCGGCAAAAAACAGCCGAACGGGUUAACAAGUUGAAAGAACUUGUACUGCAGAAGGAUGCAGGUGCUCAACAGUUGAAAGCUCAGCUUGAGGAAAUGCAAAACUCUGUGGAGGAUAAGAAUAGAAUGAUCAGAGAGAAAGAAAGCCAAUUGGACGAGAGUAAGAAGAGGAUCGAGGAGUCCGUAAAGCAUUUAGAGGAGGCUGAAGCUAAAGCAAGAGCACUGGAGAAUGAGCUGAAGAACACAGAACUUUUCCGAGAAACUGCGACGAGGUCAGAAUCAGAAUUGAAACAGCGACUUGACGAGGCUAAUAACAUCAUCGACAAGUUGAAAACCGAAGCGAGUCAGUUACUUUUUCAGUUGGCGGACGACAUAAAAUCAAAAGAAGAUGAACUUGCUCUGAUUGCUAAAGAAAUGAAUGACAAGGAAGAUCAUUGGAAUGUAAAGAAGGAGGAAUUCUUGAAACAAAUGGACAAGAACCAAGAAGCAAAUGACGAUUUACUGGGUACUAUCACUGAGCUUAAGAAGACGAUUGAGGAGAAUGAGAAUGAGAAAAAGAUCAAAGAGAGUCGAAUUUCUAACUUGGAAUCUACUGUCAGUGAUUACACUAAUAGAGUAGCAGAACUGGAAACUAUGGUUGAAGAAAAGACUUCGAAAAUAGAAGAAUACAAGAAGAGUGUUACGGCUAUGGAAGAAGAGAAGUCUGAGCUACAACUCUCAAACACCAGUUCAGCUGACAGCUAUGAACGGUUGCAUUCCGAUUAUGAAGCUUUGCAGACAGCUAAUAUAGCUCAUCAAGAAGAAAUUGUUGAGACUAAAGAGAAACUCUCUCAACUUCAACAUGAGCUCGAGGUCAGAAUGGCUGAUAGCGAAGACGAGAAGAAAAAACUUUUGGAACAAGUAGAAGAGAAAGAUGAAGAUCUCUUCCGCAUAUCUCAAAAUAUGCAACGACUCGAACUUAAAUUAUCUGAGAAGGAGAAGGAGUCUACCAACUUUAAUGAGAGGAUUUCAUCAUUCGAAAGUGAGCUGGCAGGUCAAAAAGAUAUUCUGGACGAGAUGGAGCAUGUUAGAACCCAACUCUCUGAGAACGUCCAAUUGAAAGAAGAGGAACUCAACGCCAUUCUAUCAGAAAUGAAAGAAAAAGAAGAUCAAUUCAAAAUAAGAGAAGCUGACUUAAAUCAAAUCAUUAUUGUUCUUCAAGACGAAGGAAAUGGUCUCUCAACGAAAAUCGAGGAGUUGAACAAAGCGAUCUCGGAAAAGAAUCAAGAGAUCGACGGUUUCAAAUCUUCUAUUGCUUCUCAUAACGAGAUAACUGCUGCAAAAGACAAAGAACAUGAGUAUCUCAAGAAUAGUAACUUGAAGAUUCAAGCUGAAGCUGAUGAAAAAGCUGGUGUCGUUCGCAAAUUGGAGUCGAAAUGUGCUCAGAUUGAGAAGUUGGCCAAGGAAAUCCAGGUUUCGAAAGACAAGGAAAUUUCUGACAAAGCCACUCUCAUAAAUCGACUGGAAAACGAAUUGGAAGAGAAAACUAAAGUUAUGUAUGAUCGAGAGGAAUCAAUCAAGGGCUCUGAAGCUAAUCAUAAGAGAAGCGUUGAAGCAUUAGAAUCUGAGAUACGUUCGGCGCAGCAUGAUCUCUCACAAUGGCAAAAAACAGCAGAAGAGCUCACCAUGGCUAAUUCAGAGCUUCAAAAACAAAAUUCUAAUUGGGAAGAAGAGAAAAAUGCGUUGAUCGAAAGAUGUCUCAAAACUGAAAGCGAUCUUGAGUUUGAGAGGGAGCGAUCCAUAGAAAACAAACGACGAUUUGACGACUGUUUGGCAGCAAUGCAUGAGUUGGGAAGAGCAAACCAGUCGUUGCAGAUGGACAUUUCUAAGCAUACAACACGCAAAUGGUUGGAUGACUCAGCAGCAUUAAGCUGUACUGAUUGUGCUAAACAGUUCAGUUUAACAAUCAGAAAACACCAUUGUCGUAUCUGUGGUCUUAUAUUCUGUUCCCAAUGCAGUGACAAGACAGUCAGGACUGCCAGCAGUAAGAAUCCAGUGAGGUGCUGUAGCAACUGUCAUACAGAAGCGCUUAAUAGGUAG